ACGGCUAAAGCGCCUAUGCUAGCCCGAUGCUAAAGCACUAAAUAUCCAUGCAGCACUGCCGCCAGAUGACCAUCGUUGGCUAACAGUUAAAACACUGUCUACCGACUGGCAGUUCGCCUCUCUUUUCAGCAAUACGAAACGGUGUCCGUUGUCAGCGAUGCAUAUCGGUGCGGUAUUUACAUUUUGAAGGCUCUCUCGCGGCGCUGAUAAUGCUGAAAAUGAAGCUACCGAUGAAAAUGGGCGAGGAAGGAGCCGAUGCAACGGCCGAAGACGACUCAUUGGACCUGUCGGAGCACCGACAUAUGCCCAGGGCGGCACCUCCUUCUUCGCUGUCCGACGGACCGGACGAGUCGCCAGGACCCAGUGUGUAUCCAUCCUGGCUGGACAAGGAGACUGUUUUUGAGUGGUUCGGCCUACAUCUAAACCCAGCUAAGCGGAUCGAGUUCAUGUGCGGGCUGCUGCAUAUGUGCCAACCGCUGGAGCUCCGCUUUUUGGGCUCCUACUUGGAAGAUCUCGCAAGAAAAGAUUACCACGUCCUAAGAGACUUUGAGUUUCGGGCGAACAGUCCGAGCGAUUUGGGGGUUCUGACGGACGUGGUCGACCCGGUGGUGAGGUCCAAACUCCUGGUCUGCCUCUCCCUCCUCGGGUCCGACAGCAGGGAAUGUGCUGGAAUACUCUUUCGGAUACUGAGCCAUGUAGAUCCGGCCUUGGUCUACAAAAACUUCGACUGCUCGCUCCCUCCGCUCCGGGAGCCACGCAGCCACCCGCUCCUUCCACAGUGUCGGGACGGGAAUGUGUACGGGAGACCGGAGCAGACCUCCUGCGGCUUCUCCGACGACGAGACGAAGACGACGGGACCUCUCGAGCAGCUGGCGUUGCUCUUCGCAAUGGCCUCACUCCACCCGGCUUUCCACUUCCACCAGCGGGAGAUGGUCCGCGGGCAGCUCGACAAAAUAGAGCUCGCCAUCGAGGAGGAGGAGAGGCGGUUAAGUCAGCUCAGAAUAAACGCCCAGAUAACGGAGCUGAGGGGUCAGAAGGCAGAUUACCUGCCUCCUCCCGCGCUGGGUCUGGGGGAAUGCACAGCGUCCCAUCCGCCCUGCCAGGGCCGGCGCUCCAGCCGCCGGGCAGCACAGAGAGAAGCAGUGCAUAUAGAGGGGAUUGUGCUCAGGGGCAUCUCCCGGACCAGAAUGGACAAGGAAUACAACUUUGAGGUGAAGUGGUCCGACUCUUCUUCUAGCAGUGUGACCAAAACUCAUCUGGAACUGGAGAAUUUCCUUCUGAAGCUUCCUAAGGAUAAGUGCAGCGAGUCUUUUGAGAAGGGCAUCCUGAGGCUUCUGAACCAGGGGGGCCGGCAUGAGAGCAGGGAGGUGGAGAAGAACCUCAGGGAGAGGUUCCUAUCUGCUCCUCCAGUCUUCAGACAGACCAGAAAGGUCUGCAGCUUCUUCAACUGUGACUCCAGUUCCUCUACCUGCUGCAGAUGCACCUGCCAGCUGGGUAAAGCCUACCAAGGAGACUGCUCUGACGCCUCCAGUCAGGAGGAAGAUAUAGAGUCGUACGCUCAGGGACACAAGAAAAAGCUUGGGACCAAGAGUCCAUGUCAAAGUCUAAAUAGUGCCAGGGGGCCCCAGGGGGAUGGUCGGAGGGGGGGCCAUGCUGCAGAGCUCAAUGGUCCAGCAGAGAGGAGGAAGAGCUGUCCACUGAGGAGCAGCCAGGAGGCUGAACAGCAGCAGGACUCUGAGAAGAGAAGCCACCCGUGCACUAAAACAAAGAGCAGAGGCCCCCCCACGGACAGGGACAAGGUGAAGGCCGCUGCCUUUGUACCAAACGGCAGAAUGGUGCUAGCUCUAUCACCUCAGAGGCAAGAUAGAGGUUCUGGUCCGGAUACCUUUGGUGAAACAUCAUCAGAAAGCUGCAGCUCUCCAUCCAGCCCUCAACACCCCGGACCAGAGAGCCUGGAUAGUGAGGAUGACAAUAACAAAGAUACAGACAGCCACUCUGAUGACUCGAGCAAAGGUCGGGGCCCUGACAUGUUCUUCACCCACCAGACUACUCCCACUGUGAUGGGGGACAUCUCUGUCCACCCUCUGUCUUCCAACGUCCACCGUGCCCAAGAGCAGCCGCUCUUCCCAGAGACCAGCACAGAUCUCCCCCCUCUCUCCGUCGUGCACUCUCUGCCUUAUGUUCUCCCUAACGUGGCUGCUGACCCUCCACUCCCACCGGUCCCUCCCCGUCAAAGUAUCGUCCCCCAUGGGAAGCCCUCGUCUGGGACCCUGAUGAUGCAGAUGCCCCCAGUGCCUCCAGCUGUCCUAGGCCCCGGAAUUGUGGGAGACCCGGAGAAGAGAGAUGUGCUCCCAACCUUUGGGAUCUCACCUAUCGCCCUCCACCCUUCAGGAAGUCCUGCUGUGCAGCCGCUGGUUCAGAGGUUCAAAACAGCUAUGCCUCACAGCCAAGGUGGCCCUGAUGGAGCUUCAGGGAGUGCUUCUAAUCCUUCAUACCAGGCUCCUGUAAGAGCCGCCGGUGUCAAGUCUCCUGGACCGACAUCCUUCUCCUCUCCUCUUCAACAGUCUCUGCCCUGCCAAGACCCGUCCGGUGUCGGCUCAGGCUCGGCCUCCUCCCUGCCUCACGUGGAGACUUUACAUGCCAGGAACCACGGCUUAACCCUACCAUCCGGCCUGCCUUCUCCCUACACUCUGCCCCCUGUCCCCACCUCCGUCUUGCCCACAAUAGGAACGCCCGCGUCCACUGGAAUGGCUCCAUCUCCUGGACACUUGCAAGCAGCUGUUCCUCCAGCUGUGCCCACCCACACCCCUGGACCAGCCCCCAGCCCCAGCCCGGCGCUCACUCGCAGCACUGCGCACAGCGACUGUACGUCCUACAGCAACAGCAGUGCGUCCUGUGGGGGGGCCCCUGUUGUCUCCGGCAACCCUAUUGCUCUUCAUCAAACCCAGCAGAAACAGUUGCCCCCCCAGCAGCCAACACCACCGCAACAACAACCACUACAACCGCCACAGCAGCAGACGAUGGGCUGUGGGACUUGCGGUUGUCACAACAACUGCGGCAGCCGAGGCAGCAUCGGUAACAACAACAGUGUCAGCGGCGCUCCCGGCUGCCAGGCGCCCUUGUUCUUCUCCCACCAGAUGGCGGCAGCGCGGCAGGUGUUCAGCGUUCCGCCGCCUCUUUUCCAACUCACAAGCCUGUGCAGCAACAGCUUCCUCACCCAGGCCCAGUCUCCUCACCAGGCCAACGGUGCUGCCACCCUUCCCCCCUUCUUCCCCACCGCUCCACCUCCUUCACACCCGUCCCCCUACGGCCCCCUGCACACUCACUCUCACAGCCAUGCUGAUCUGCCGUCACACAUGCUGGGCACCCAAGCGGCGGCGGCAGCUGUUGCAGCUGCAAACUACAACCUCCAGCAGCAGAUGGCGCCGGCGGCAUCGUUCUGCCAGCGCGUCUACCAACACGUGUACCCCAACCCCUUGGGCAUGCUGCCCGCCACUGCGCUGGGGGGAGGCGGAGUCAAUAAGAAGAGCGGGAAUGUGUCCUGUUAUAACUGCGGAGUGAGCGGCCACUACGCUCAGGACUGCAACCAACCCUCCUUAGACUCCACACAGCAAGGUGGCUUCCGGUUAAAGUACGCAGCCUCCCAAAUUUCAGACGUACUUGACAAUGCCGACUGAAGAAGAAGAAGAAGAAGAAGAGAGGCUGAAGAGGAGCUCCUCUGGUCUCGGCUGACUGUCGUCUGUUCUUCCUCCCACGGCGAUGUGUGAGCAGUGCACUGAAGCUUCUGUGUACUUCAGGAAAAUAAAAAAACAUUCUUAAAAACAAGUGACCAUUUCAAGGGCUCAGUGGACGAAGCCCGGGAAAACCUUGUUGUCAUGGAGAUGUUUCACGGCGCCGUCAGUCAGUCUGUCCGUGUGACUGCCGGCAAUUUUUUAUUUUAGCUCGUCUUUGAUAUCUUUGCACUGAGGGCUGGAAAUGAUUAACUUAUUAUUUAAUUAUUAGGAAGAGAUUUUGAGGAUUGUUUUUUUGUUGUUUUUACAUUAAAGAACAGACUUGUCUCAGCUGAAAAAAAAAAAAAAAAAAAGUUCUUAAACACUAUUAUCUAUUUCUAAAAAAAAGCCUAUUUAUUCUUUCCCCUCAUUAUUACUGUUCACCUAGCAUUUUAUUGUCAGAGAGAAUUGUACAUCCGUUUUCAAAUAUUAAAUCAAAAACAGUAAUGUUAGCUAAAUGGAUGCUAUGUUGGUUGUUACUCUUUCAUUUUUGUUCUGAGGUUUUCUCACGUGAGGAAUGUGACUGUGUCGACGUGGCUCUCAUUCAUUCUGCCACUUGAUAUGUUGUGGUUGGACGGUAUUUGCUGCUUUUUAUUUUCUUUAUCUUUUUGUCAUUUUUAAAAUGGUUAUACUUGGUGAAAUGCACUAUAGUGAAGCAGGAAACAAGUUUACUAAAAGACAGGUCAGUGUUGCUUUUGUGGGCGGAGCCAGCAUUGAACCUUUCUGUGGAUUCAUUUAUCAAUGCUUGACUGAAAUGAAUGGCAUCGCUCGAGUUCUGUAGACUGAAGGAAACAUUUCUACAGAGAAUCAUCACUACUGCUCCACCCUGAUGAGGUGUUGAUACAUUUAGUUUGUAUUUAAUGUCAAGAUCACUUCUUCCAGAGUUAAUUGUUCACAGCUGGUUCAAGUCCAGGCUUACUGUAUAUACGAGCAGAACCUCGCAACGUAUUGAAGCGAAAACACCAAGGAGGACAAUCACUGACUUUUAUAUACUUGUUAAGAUAAGGAACCUGAAAUAUCCAUGUUGGUUUUUUUUCACACAGAACUGUUGAUGACUGACCUAAGAUGUCUGACAGACCUGAUAAUAACAUUUGAACUGAGAUCCCUCCUGUGAAUAACGCUUUGAACACUUACCAAGCUGCAACUGGCAAAACCAUACUGUAAGGUUUGACUUGUUAUGAAGCAACAAGCUCUCUGGUAACAAAUGCAGCGCUUGAGAAUACGGAGACCCAACAUGUACGGCGUUCAAUAAAUAAACAAUAGAUUAAACAUAGUUGAUGAAAUAAUUUAAGACCAUUCUUUUAAUAAUUUUAUGUCAAACAAUUGUUCAGGGCUUUUUGGACACCCUGCUUUUUUUUUGUGUUUUUUAUCUGCCAUUACUGCUCAACCUACUGUUAGUGCAUAAGUGAAAUUAAAAUCUAUGCAUACA